GUGAAAGCGCUUAUAAGCGCGUGACGCAGCAGAAUCUGUGGUCUGUUCUGCAGAGUGUUCAUCAUUUUUUCUUAAUUAAACGCGUUAUUAGCGGUCAUGGCGCAGAGCAUGCUGCUGUACUGGAGCUCGGGUUCUCCGCCGUGCUGGAGAGUCAUGAUCGCGCUGGAGGAGAAGCAGCUGCAGGGAUACAAACACAAACAUUUGUCUUUUGACAAGAACGAACACAAGUGUGCAGAAGUGAAAGCUCUCAAUCCCAGAGUUCAGGUUCCAACAUUCAAGCACGGAGACCUCGUCGUGAACGAGUCGUUUGCUGCGUGUCUGUAUCUGGAGAGCGCGUUUAAGUCUCAAGGCAGCCGUCUGAUCCCAGACGACCCGGCUGAACAAGCGCUCGUCUACCAGCGAAUGCUUGAGACCAACAACCUGCAGCAGAAAAUGUAUGACGUGGCUUUCUACGAAUGGUACGUUCCUGAAGGAGAGAGGCAUGAAUCGGCUCUGAAGAGGAAUAAAGAGAGUUUAAUCGCCGAGCUCAAACUGUGGGAUGGAUACUUGGAGAAGAUGGGUAAAGGCUCGUACCUCGCUGGCAAGAACUUCACUAUGGCUGAUGUGGUUUGUUUCCCCGUCAUCGCGUUUUUCCCGCGACUUCACUGUCCUCCGGAGCGUUGUCCCAGACUGAUGGAGUACUACAAGAUGCUAAAGGACCGUCCCAGUAUUAAAGCCAGCUGGCCUCUUGAGUGGCUGGAGAAACCCGAGGGUGAAGACACGUUCAAGAACCUGUGAAGAACAUCAGGACUGCCCAAACACCACUUAAUUCAGUUUUAUGUUCAACUUACUGUAUUAAAUCACAACCCUUGACUGUGAUCAGUCUCCUUUACAGUGCAGCAGCUUCAGUUUGUCUGAUGUUUGAUAAUUAACAUCAAUCAUUUAUCUUUAACCCAGCGGGCCGCUUUGUGUGAACUCAUUUUUAAAGAUAAAGCUUGUUGUUAUUGUGGCUGUCAUGAUUAAUGUCAACAGCUGUUAUUGUUUUGGGACUAACUAAGUUUUAUCCUGCUCAUGCAAAAUAAAGAACAUAUUUACCAUCAUUACAACAAAAAA